GUAUUAUAGAUAUUUUACCCUUUAAUGAAUGUCAUUUUUGUGAUUUUCUCUUUCUAGUGCUAUUUUUGAGACAUAAACUUUAGAAGGUGCUAUUAUUGACAAUUGUACUUUUUGGAUUGCUUCAGUAUUUGUGGAUAAAAGAGGGAAACAUAAAAUCUAGAAGUAGACGCGAUCGAUACUUCUUAUGCCCAUCUACUAGAUUCUAUAUAAAGUAUAGAGAGAUCGACCCAAGGGAAAAUCUUCAACUUAUAAUAAAGUUUUAUUCAUCUCCGGAAAUUUUGAAGGAUGGGAUACAAUACUUGUUCGUCACCCGGAAACCAACCGUGCAUGUGCAACAUGAGACAUGAGAGAAAUCAAAUUCAUACAUGUGCAAUAAUUGUUUCCAUUGCCAUUGCUUAUUCUAUUGUUAUUUUUUUUUGCUAACCGAGUAUCCUGGUCCCAUCAUGGUGGUCCAGACUAGAGACCGAAGUGAGUAUGGACCCGAAAGUCACCAGGUGGCUCACCGUGUAACGGUCUUCGGUCUCGGAUGCUGCAGCCCAUAUGUAAAUUCCGCAGUGACCAAGGCUCGAACCCAGAGGCGGGCACUUAUUCUAUUGUUAUGUUUCAAUAAACUUAUGAAUAUAGAGAAAAAUGUCUGUGCAACAAAUAUUGCUUUUAGCAAUUUUCAAGACAUUCUUUGUUUUUUUCUUUUUUGAAACUUAAGACAUUCUUUGUUGAAGAACAACAAAAAUCAACAAACUAAAAGGAGACAAAAACAUCAAAGUAUGGCCUCUGAACAGCAACCAUAUAUUUAACCAAACCAUUGCCGCGUUAAACGCAAUGAUGACAACAGCUCCGCUCGAGACCACUAUCACCGCUUUGAAUCGUAGAAGACAAGACGCUAUGAGGAUAACUAAAAAUAACCACAUCCUAUUGAUCACCAUCUUAUAUUGUGAAUUUGAUUGUAUUUUUACAUGAUCCUUACUUUGUUUUCCAACUCUAACGACUUGUUUAAUGUUGAAAAUUCUAUAAUUUUAUCAUAAUUAUUAUCUUUUAAAUAGGGAACGCAUGGUGCAAGAUUUAAUGCAAAUUAAUGAUCUAACUGCAUGUGCAUGAUUUAGUUAUUUUGGGCAUUAAGAGUUCUUUUGCAUUUGUGCGAGUGAAGAUGACGUAUUUGAGCUGGGUAUUAAACGUCAAACUAAUAAUUUUAUUUUUCCUAACUUUGCGAACUCGUUAUGUGACCCAUUCAGAGCUGAGGAUCAGCGACGUAGAUACCUCAUAAAUGUAGAUAUUCACUAGCAUGCAAUGACCAUUGUCUUCUUUUAUGAUCAUGUUCAGUAGCCAGUGAUAUGCAGCCCCUAGAGAAUGUAUUUCACGUUUAUAAUCCCUUUUAUUUCAAUUCACACAACAUUCUUACAUCGAUACUGAUCCGGGGAUCACGCAAUGUUUUGCAAACACAUUCUAAUAUUCAAAAAAGUUAGUCAGAAACUAACUCCAUAAACCAAGGAGAGAAAAGCUCUCCAUCUAAUUAAAACCAUAACCAAAGAUGCUCAUAUCAAAAGAUUCCAUCUCUGGCAUAAAAAUUUGCAAAAAGAAUAAACACAAGUCUUCACUUUCUUUGAGGAGAACACAAGCCAUGGAUUCAUUAAGAGGCCAAGGUGGGAUUCAGAUGCUUUUAACUGCUGAACAAGAAGCAGGCUGGAUCGUUUCAGCUGCUAGAACCGCAAAAUUAGCAAGAAUGAAGCAAGCAAAAGACGAGGCUGAGAAGGAGAUGGAAGAGUAUCGGUCCCGAUUAGAAGAAGAGUAUCAGACACAAAUCUCUGGGACGGAACAAGAGGCAGCUGCAAAACGUUUAGAAGAGGAGACAGAUGGCAGGAUCCAGAACCUUAAGGAGUCUAGUUCAAAGGUCUCUAAGGAGAUUGUCAAAAUGCUCAUCAAGUAUGUUACCACUACUGGAGCAUGAUUCUCAAUACACUCACCUCAUAGUUCCUUAUUUUGUUGCUAAGUUUCCAUUUUAUUUUUUUGAGUUUUUUUUUUCUAUUGCCAUGUGAUAUGCAAAACGACUUUGCAUUUACCCUCUAAUGUGAUGACAAGUUAUAACGA